UGAAUGCAGGACAAAUUAAAAGGGAGAGAAAAAAACUGGUUCUAAAGAAGAGUGAAUGACACAAAUAACCUUAUGGAAGCCGGCUGGCCACAGCCAAAUUGCCUGCUGUAUUCCCUUGCAGAUUAAUCUUGAAUCAAAGUCCCCUCCCCACAUCCACACACACAGCAGAGGCUGCCGGCUGAACUGCACUUGUAAUCCUCUCUCUGAAGCGGCUGCAAAUGUAAUUUGGAAAAAGAAAUAAAAAAUAGUGUGCAGCCGGUAUUGUGAAGACAACAAGCAGAAGCCAUAAGGAACUAUUCUACCAGGUUGUACAAAAUAAAAGGAUGUGUGGCUGGAGGACAUGCAAAGCCAACAAGCAUCCCACUAACCUGAGACAGUACUGAACGUGUUUUUUUUUUUAUCUUCCUGGAGUGUAUUGACUGGUGGAGGAGCGAGAAGUGUGUCUGGCAUCCCGGAGAUGAAGGCAGGGCGGGAGGAGAGCAAACUGUUAAAAAGAGCGUGGAAGACACAACCUCAAAGAGCGGAAUACUGAACCAGAGUGAGCAGCGUGGAAAUAAAAAAGUAGCAGCGUGCAACUCAAUACUAACGUGGAAAUAUUUAGUAACAUGGCAUUGGGGUGUUGCCUGCUUUGAAUUCUUCCUGCCCUAUGCCAGCACUAUAAUAGCAGGAGAAAGCUGAGGUGUAGUCACUUUCCUCCUGAUCUGAUUGAGGGACUAUCUACAUGCACAGCCUGUUUUCUCGUCUUGGGAUUGCAUUUAUAUUUCCAGUACAUUGACUGGUCACGUUCUGGCUGCAGAAUGACACGGACCAUCAGGUACCUGUGCUCUAACGUAUCUCAAUGCUCUUUCCCAACUGUUUAUUUGUAGAGUCUUGGACGGUGAUUCUCAUUCGAACUUUUGGAUGUUUUAUUUGCUCAUUUAUGUUUUGGAAGUAAGCGACUCAUUUGUCCUACCUAGAAGAUUUUCCAGGCUUAUUUUUACUCACCAUGUGUGCAAAUAUAGUAUAUGAAUGGCUGAAAGCAUUGCAGCUUUCUGAGUAUGCAGAAUCCUUUGUGGAUAAUGGGUACGAUGAUUUGGAGGUAUGCAAACAGAUUGGGGACCCUGAUUUGGAUGCCAUCGGAGUGAUGAUCCAGCAACAUCGAAAGAAGAUCCAUGAUGCUGUCCACAGACUAAAAGAAGAGGAGAAGGCAUCUGCAAGUGGAUUAUAUUUUACUUUAGAACCCCAGGUAGAUUCUCCGACACCUGAUAUUUACACUAGUCACUUGGUGGAGCAGUAUGAAACCAAAGCUUGGAAAGAAGCACAGGCUCAUAAACCGGUUCCAAGGAGUAAUAAAAGUGGCCAACUGAGUAAGAACUUGGUUACUUAUCCUAAACUGAAGUUAAAGAUCAUGAUAAGGGAUAAACUCAUUCGGGAUGGACUUAAUCUCAGUAAAACACCAUUCUCCAAAAAGUUUUAAAGAAUACAUGGUUCCCUUCCAAGGAUGCAGCACACAGAGUUUCUGAUUUGGUGAAAGAGAGACUGAUGUGACACAGACGUUCAAGACCCAGGACCCCUUUCUCUGAUCAGUGUGGGUUUUAUUAUGCAGCAGAAGAAGAUGACAUGCACUUCAACACCUUGCUUUUAUUUAACAACAACUCUAACAUACACACAGAAUGUACAGCCAGAAACAGCAUCUUUUAUUUUUGUGUACGUCCUGCAGACCUGUUUUAUUAUUUACAGUCACAAUCAAAAAUAAUAAUAAUAUUGAUAAUUAUAAUAAUGAUGAAAGAAUAAAGUAUGUAAUCAUUUACAAUUG